UCUUAUAGGUUAUGUUUCCCAUGGUUGCCCACUGCUAUCAAAGUUGUCUUAUCAUAGAAAUAUCAAACCAUGGAGACGAUGGAGCCACCGCCACAGGGUAACUCCAAGAUCAAACGAGAAAAGUACAUUGAGGAAUAUGAUUUUCCUCGCUGUGACGAUGCUACCAAGUACGAAAAAGUUGCGAAAAUUGGGCAAGGAACUUUUGGAGAGGUGUUCAAAGCCAAGGAACGGAAAAACCCCAGGAAGUUUGUGGCUAUGAAGAAGGUCCUAAUGGACAAUGAGAAAGAAGGUUUCCCCAUCACCGCUCUACGGGAAAUCCGUAUACUUCAACUUUUAAAACAUGAAAAUGUGGUUAAUCUCAUAGAAAUUUGCAGGACCAAAGCAAAUGCCUCCAACAAAUUUAGGUCAACAUUUUACCUAGUGUUUGACUUCUGUGAGCAUGAUUUAGCUGGUCUGCUGUCUAAUGUAAAUGUCAAGUUCAGCUUAGGGGAAAUAAAGAAAGUAAUGCAGCAGCUAUUGAAUGGAUUAUAUUAUAUACACAGCAAUAAAAUUUUACACAGGGACAUGAAGGCUGCUAACGUCCUCAUCACCAAAAAUGGAGUUUUAAAACUAGCCGACUUUGGUUUGGCUAGAGCAAUCAGUAUUCCCAAGGCAGGUGAACAAAAUAGGUAUACAAAUCGAGUGGUGACGCUGUGGUACAGACCGCCCGAGCUCCUUCUGGGAGACCGGAAUUAUGGUCCGCCAGUGGACUUGUGGGGCGCAGGCUGCAUCAUGGCAGAGAUGUGGACCCGCAGCCCCAUAAUGCAGGGAAACACUGAGCAGCAGCAACUCACUCUCAUUAGUCAACUCUGUGGCUCAAUCACCACUGAAGUGUGGCCGAAAGUAGAUAAUCUUGACUUAUUUUCAAAAAUGGAACUACCCCGCAACCAAAAGAGAAAGGUGCGGGAACGUCUAAAGCCCUAUGUUAAAGAUGCAUAUGCUUGUGACUUGUUGGACAAACUCCUUAUUUUGGAUCCCAGCAAGCGAAUAGAUUCUGACUCUGCAUUGAACCACGACUUCUUCUGGACUGACCCCAUGCCUGGGGAUUUGUCCAAAAUGCUUGCGCAGCACACACAGAGCAUGUUUGAAUACACCGCCCCUCCUCGCCGCGCAGGCCACAUGCGUGCUCAUCACCAACACCAGCCUGCAAUGCAGAAGCCCUCCCACUUGGAUUCUGGCUACCAAGAUCGAGUUUUCUGAAGCAGCGUCAUUAUUUCGCUAUUCCCUGUUAUUUGUAUGCAAAUGAAAAUGUCAUUAAAAUUCCGCUUUGGACCAA